GCUCCGGAAGCAGGUGCUCGCCAGACAGAGCAAGGCGCAUUAGAAGAGAGUGCCUGGCUUGAGUAGAGUGGCUUCCAUUCACUAAAACAAUGCCUGAACUGAAGAAGCUGGGGCUCCCUUCCACACAUGAGCUAUGCCAUUUUGGAAUACAGCAGUAAGAAAGACCCAUCCUCCCUGUAGAUGGAUAUUCAUGGAGAUAAGAGCCAAAAUAUGAAGAGGGUAACUGUGAAGGAUUUUCAAGUAUAGGCCAAAGGAGAGGCACUUUAUUCCCUGAAGGAAAUGAGACUGAGUGUGGAUCUCUGUGAGGUGGGAAUUUAUAGGUGCUAAGCAGUGAGAAAGACCAAUUUUAUCAGGAAGAAUUAGAUGAACUAGAUCUAAAGGAAGUUUGGUUGACAUGGAAGCUCCAGAACUCUCCAAAAAAUGCAAUAUUACAGCAGGCCCACAAGCAAGUUUUCUUCACAAUUGGUCAGAUGCUUCCACUCUUCAUGGUAAUAAUGCUUCCAAAAGUAGGAAUCCGUUCUGGAAUGAACUGUCUGCUUCUAAUCCCUUUUUGGAUGAUAUAACUCAGCUACGGAAUAACCAGAAGAGAGAGAAUGUUUCCAUCUUGAAGGAAGAUCCUUUUCUUUUUUUAAGAGAAAUAGAAACUGGAAAUUCUUUCGAUUCCUCUGGUGAUGAACUUGAUGUGCACAAGUUGCUCAGGCAUUCCUCCUCAAAGAAAUCAGGAAGAUCCAAAAGUGUUUCAGAACUUCUGAACAUUUUAGAUGAUGCUGCCUAUACUCAUGACAGUAUUCACAACUCUGACCAGAUCCUAGUGGAAGACUUAGAAUGGCUUCAAAAUGACCGAGAAGCUUAUAGAAUGGCUUGGUUAAGUCAACGCCAGCUGGCCCGCUCCUGCUUGGAUUUGAAUACAGUUAAUCAGAGCCCUGGAUGGGCCCAGACACAAGUUGCAAACACCGUCAUAGUUUGCAAAUUAAAUCACCAAGGAGGAUCUGUACAGUUACCUGAAUCGGAUAUCACUGUUCAUAUUCCCCAAGGUCAUGUAGCUGUGGGAGAAUUCCAAGAGGUCUCACUAAGGGCUUUUCUGGAUCCUCCAAAAAUACUCAAUCACGAUCUUUCGAGCACUGUAAGCCCUCUUUUGGAAAUCACAUUAAGUAACCUUAACACAAUGGAAGCUAUUUUGCUGGAGAUGAAAAUCGGGGCUGAAGUGAGAAAGGAUCCUUUCAGCCAAGUCAUGACGAAAAUGGUGUGUUUAUACAGCCUGGAAAAAGAAGGCCCUUUCAGAGUGUUAAACACCUGCUAUAAUUAUAACGAUACCAUCCAAGUCAAGCUAAUGGACUUCAGUCGGGUUAUGUAUCUAGUGAUUGCUGCACAAGCUAAAGCUAUCCAGUCACCAGCUGCCACCAUUUGGGAUUAUAUCCACAAAACUCUCUCAGUUGGAAUUUAUGGACCCAAAUAUAUCCAUCCCAGUUUCACUGCUGUUUUCACUGUCUGUGGACACAGCUACAUGCCAGGAAAACUUACAGUCUCUGAUAUUAAAAAGGGUGGAAAAAACACAUCUCCCAUUGUAUUUCAGCUCUGGGGAAAGCGUUCAUUUUUACUCAACAAGCCACAAGAUUUAAGUAUUUCGGUUUUUUCAUGUGAUCCAGAUUUUAAAGUAAAGGUAGAAGGAAAAGGGAAAGAAAUUAAACAAAAUCAGUUGGAAGCAGGUGAAGUAGUUUAUCAACAAUUUUUAUUUUCUUUGGUUGACCACAGAGAAAUGCACUUGUUUGUUUUCCGUGUUCAGGUGGAUACUCCUGAAAGGAGACCAGUUGCACAGUUCUUUAUCACUUCACCUGAUCCAGCUCCAAACUUGAAAAGGCUCUCAAAUCUGCCAGAUUAUUUGAAGAAAGAGAAAGAAGUCAAAUCUGCUCCUUUAUUGCCAACCCUUCCUGUUAAGUAUCCCACGUUCCAAGAUAAAAAAUUGAACUUUAGCAACUACGGGGUGACCUUGAAGACAGUGCUAAGACAAAUCAAGGUUGACUACUUACUUGACUAUUUCAAAGGGGACACAAUAGCUCUUCUUGGAGAAGGUAAGGUAAAAGCCAUUGGGCAGUCCAAAGUGAAAGAAUGGUAUAUAGGAGUCCUCAGAGGUAAAAUUGGACUUGUGCAUUGCAAAAAUAUCAAGGUAAUUUCAAAAGAACAAUUAAUGUCCAGGUCUGACAAUAUCUUUACAACCAGAAAUCUUCUUGAACAAAUUGCCCUGCCCUUUAAAAAACUGACUUAUAUAUACUCAGUUGUAUUGACCUUGGUAUCAGAAAAAGUGUUUAACUGGAAAGUUUUAGCUGAUGUCCUGGGUUACUCACAUCUGGCACUGGAAGAUUUCGAUCAAAUACAAGUGAACAAAGAAUCGGAAAGGGUUUCUUAUGUUGUAAAGAAGUUAAAGGAAGAUUGCCAUGCUGAUAAAAAUACAAGGAAGUUUCUUUAUGAACUUACUGUGGCUCUGCUGAAGAUGGACUGCCAAGGGUUAGUAGCACAUCUUAUCCAAGAGGCUGUUAUUUUGACUUCAGCUGUCAAGCUUGGCAAAGGCUGGAGAGAACUCGCUGAAAAGUUAGUACAACUCACAAAGCAACAAAUAGAGACAUAUGAAAUUCCGCAUCAAGGAAAAACUGGAGAUGUUGCUGUUGAGAUGAUGUGGAAACCUGCCUAUGAUUUUCUCUAUACUUGGAGUGCUCACUAUGGAAAUAGCUACAAAGAUGUAUUACAAGACCUUCAAUCAGCUUUGGACAGAAUGAAGAAUCCAGUGACCAAACAGUGGAGAGACUUAACUGGAGCUUUACUACUAGUAAACUCUUUGGAGGUUUUGAGAGUGACCGCAUUUGCUAUUUCUGAGGAAGUAUAAAAAUAAAGAUGUAAAGUGUUUACUGGGGGCAGGGGGAGAG